AUGGAGAAAGAUCAAGGCCAUGAAUACAGAGGCAAAAAUUUGGAUGAAAUAGACAUUAAUGUUGAUACCUUAGUAUCUGACGAAGAAAACGUAUCCAAUGAUGAUGAUGAUGAUAAUAAAGACCAUAAAUCUCCAACAAAAACAUCUAGUGUUGACAAAACAGAUAAUAAACAAAAUAUAAAAGAUAUUAAAGACACACCUCCAAAAAAAAAAAUGCGUAGAAGUAAAUCUAUAACCAAUGAAUCUAAAAAUAUGAAAAAUGUAAAACCUAAAUUCAACAGAGUGCCAUGGACAGAAGACCAAAAAAAAGUGACCACACAUUUUUUCCAAAAACAUAUCUUGUUGAAGAAAGCACCAAAAAAAGAAGAAUGCGAAGAAAUUAAGAAAAAAUAA